AUGGAGCCUGCUGCCGGAGACAUCGCCGAAGAUAUUGCCGGAAACAGAGACAGAAACAGAGAGUCACACGUCAUACCAGUGACCACCAAAAAUUUGAUGGCUCAAAGUCUGCUACAAUCGAGCCAUUUAGGUAAUGUGCCAUAUGGAGCUUUUCAGAAGGCAGUAAAGGAGUUUGGAGUGAGCCGGAAGAUAGUCUAUAAGGUCUGGUCAGAGGCCAAAAAACAGAUCCAGAGUGGAGUACCUGUCAACAUAGCAAACCGUGUUAAAGGCUUCAAGCGCAAAGAUCAAAUUCAGCUUGAUACUAACAAGGUAAGAUAUCUUUCAAUCCUUGAAAGAGGUACUAUCCGUAAGAUGGCUGUGAAGCUUGAGUUAAGCAAGACUACCGUAGGCAGAAUGGUGAAAUAUGGUAGGCUCAGGCCACACACAAAUGCAGUUAAGCCACUACUUACUGCUGCAAACAAAUUAGCAAGAAUGAAAUGGGGUCUCAUUCAUGUUCAACCAGUGGUGUUCAAUGGUAUGCUCAAAUAUAACACAAUGCACAAUGUAGUGCACAUUGAUGAGAAGUGGUUUUUCAUGACUAAGGCUACGGAUAGGUACUACCUGCUGCCAGAUGAGGAAGAGCCAUAUAGAGCUAUUAAGUCAAAGCGGUUCAUCACAAAGGUCAUGUAUAUGUGUGCUAUGUGUAGACCAUACAUUGCAGAAAAUGGAGAAGUCAUAUUUGAUGAAAAAAUAGGCAUUUUUCCAUUCACUACUAAAGAGCCAGCAAAGAGAGGUUCCAAGAACAGACCAAGCCCAUUCAAUCAGUGA